UCAAUCACUCAUUCGCUCCCCUCUCUCUCUUCGACCCUUCUCUUCUCUCUCUAGCAUUUUCUCUUCGCACUUGCUUCGAUUUUCUCUUCAUUCUCUAGAAUUUGUUCUGUUCUCCGAAGUUUAUCUCAGCUUCGUAUCAAUCUUCAAUGAUUUGUGUUUGAUUCGUUCAUUUAUCAUCGCAUGCUCACUUCAAUCUACUUUAAAGUUUUCGAAAAUCCUAACCCUAGUUUAUACGCUUCGAAGAGUUCCUUAGCAGCUUCCAGAAAAUUCGGUUGCUGGAUCUGAAUAUCACUCACCGCUUCAAUAAAAUUUUGCUGCUCCAACCAUGAACUCAAACGCAUAUCAAAUGAGGAAACCAAAAACUUUCAUCAAAUUGACGGAGGCUUGAGCGUUUUAUCAAAGUGAGAAGGUAGCCAUUAUUGUUGCAGGUAGCCAUUGAGGCAUCACAGUACACUGGAUGACCAUCCAAACAUCCUCCCGGUUGACCCAGAGGAUGUCCGGGCGGUCGUUUGGCCUAGUGUAAAUUUUCUUCAAAUUUUCUCUAAUCUGGUCGUCCACUCGAUUUUUCGGCCGGUCAUCGAUCCGGUCAUCCACCAACGAGUAUCUGCGAGAUUUGAAGAAAGAUUAAACGCUCUCUUGAUCUGAUGAAAGAAUUUAUGCUUACUGGAAAACUAAAACUGCUAAAUCAUCAAGGAUUCAAGUACUACACCUAUACCAUUUUCAAUGGCUGAACACCGAAAUGGUAAUGCAAAAACUACUAAUGGCAAGGCAUCAGGAGGGGCCAGUGCUUACUCCAUCAAUCUGGAGAACUUUGGGAAGCGUUUAAAAAUGUUAUAUUCGCACUGGAAUGAAUACAAUAAUGAUCUGUGGGGUGCUUCUGAAGUUCUUGCAAUUGCAACGCCUCCGCCGUCUGAAGACCUGCGGUAUUUGAAAUCAUCAGCUCUGAAUGUGUGGUUGGUUGGUUAUGAGUUCCCUGAUACAAUUAUGGUAUUCAUGAAGAAGCAAAUCCAUUUCUUGUGUAGCCAGAAGAAGGCUUCUUUACUUGAAGUUGUGAAGAAGACUGCGAAGGAGGUUGUGGAUGCAGAAGUUGUGAUGCAUGUAAAGGCCAAAAAUGAUGAUGGAACUGCAUUAAUGGAUAGCAUAUUCCGUGCUGUUGCUCAGUCAAAAUUAGAUGAUCAUGAUAUCCCUGUAGUUGGAUAUAUAGCUAGAGAGAUUCCUGAAGGGAAUCUUCUGGAGAUGUGGGCUGAGAAACUAAGGAAUGCAAAUUUCCAGCUCAGUGACAUUACAAAUGGAUUUUCAGACCUAUUUGCCAUGAAGGACAGUGUUGAGAUUACAAAUGUGAAGAAAGCUGCAUACUUGACUUCAUCAGUGAUGAAGCAUUUUGUGGUCCCAAUGCUUGAAAAAGUUAUUGAUGAGGAGAAGAAGGUUUCCCAUUCUUCUCUGAUGGAUGACACAGAGAAGGUUAUUCUUGAACCUGCAAAAGUUAAGGUGAAGCUGAAGGCAGAAAAUAUUGACAUUUGUUACCCUCCUAUUUUUCAGAGUGGAGGAGAGUUUGAUCUCAAACCAAGUGCUUCUAGCAACGAUGAGAACCUUUACUAUGACUCUACUAGUGUGAUCAUAUGUGCUAUUGGAUCCCGUUACAACAGCUACUGUUCAAAUGUUGCCCGAACUUUUUUGAUUGAUGCAAAUGCUUUGCAGAGCAAGGCUUAUGAGGUUCUUCUCAAGGCCCAUGAUGCAGCAAUUAGUGCUUUGAAACCAGGGAAUAUGGCUGCUGCUGCAUACCAAGCAGCCCUCUCAGUAGUUGAGAAGGAUGCGCCUGAAUUGGUCGCAAACUUGACAAAGUCUGCAGGGACUGGAAUUGGCCUUGAGUUUCGGGAGUCGGGGCUUAGUCUUAAUGGAAAGAAUAAUCGGCUAUUGAAACCAGGCAUGGUUUUUAAUGUGUCACUUGGUUUUCAGAACUUGCAGUCUGAGACCAAGAACCCAAAGACCCAAAAAUUUUCUGUUCUGCUUGCUGACACGGUUAUUGUCGGUGAAAAUAGUCCGGAAGUGGUGACAACUGUGAGUUCUAAAGCUGUGAAGGAUGUGGCAUAUUCAUUCAAUGAGGAUGAAGAAGAAGAAGAAGAAGAACAAAAGCAACCACCAAAACUCAAAACCGAGGCUAAUGGAUCCAAGGUAUUGCCAUCAAAGGCAACCCUCAGGUCAGUCAACCAUGACAUGUCAAAGGAGGAGCAGCGAAAGCAACACCAGGCAGAACUUGCCCGGCAGAAGAAUGAAGAAACUGCUAGGAGGCUUGCUGGUGGAGGUUUUGGGAUGAUGGAUAAUCGUGGUGCUGCGAAACCAUCUGGUGAAUUGAUUGCAUACAAGAAUGUUAAUGAUCUACCGCCUCCAAGAGAUUUGAUGAUUCAAAUUGACCAGAGGAAUGAAGCCAUCCUAUUACCAAUUUAUGGAAGCAUGGUCCCUUUCCACGUUGCAAUGAUAAAAAGUGUGUCUAGCCAGCAGGACACAAAUCGUUCUUGCUAUAUCCGAAUCAUCUUUAAUGUACCUGGCACCCCUUUCAAUCCACACGACACAAACUCCCUGAAAUUUCAUAGUUCUAUUUAUGUUAAGGAAGUGUCAUUCCGCUCGAAGGACCCAAGGCACAUAAGUGAAGUGGUACAGCUCAUUAAAACCCUCCGCAGGCAGGUUGCCUCCAGGGAGUCUGAGAAAGCUGAGAGAGCAACCUUAGUUACUCAGGAGAAACUUCAAAUUGCAGGGGCCAAAUUUAAGCCAAUAAGGUUGUCUGAUCUAUGGAUCCGUCCCGUGUUUGGUGGUCGUGGGAGAAAGCUUCCUGGUACAUUAGAAGCUCACACUAAUGGGUUUCGGUAUUCAACUUCAAGGGCAGAUGAACGUGCGGACAUUAUGUUUGCUAACAUCAAACAUGCAUUCUUCCAGCCAGCAGAGAGGGAAAUGAUCACUCUGCUGCACUUUCAUCUGCAUAACCACAUAAUGGUGGGAAACAAGAAAACAAAGGAUGUGCAGUUCUAUGUUGAGGUGAUGGAUGUGGUCCAGACACUUGGAGGUGGGAAAAGAUCUGCCUAUGAUCCUGACGAAAUUGAGGAAGAACAGAGAGAGAGGGACAGGAAGAACAAAAUUAACAUGGACUUCCAGAACUUUGUAAAUCGAGUGAACGAUCUAUGGGGCCAACCCCAAUUCAAAACACUUGAUUUGGAGUUCGACCAGCCCUUCAGAGACCUUGGCUUCCAUGGUGUACCCCACAAAGCUUCAGUUUUUAUUGUGCCAACUUCAAGCUGUCUAGUUGAGCUCAUAGAGAUACCGUUUGUGGUAAUCACUUUAAAUGAAAUUGAGAUAGUUAACCUGGAAAGAGUAGGUCUUGGGCAGAAGAAUUUUGACCUGACCAUAGUGUUCAAGGACUUUAAGCGGGAUGUCUUUCGGAUUGACUCUAUCCCUUCAACCUCCCUAGAUGGCAUCAAGGAGUGGCUUGACACAACAGAUCUCAAGUAUUAUGAGAGCAGGCUAAAUCUGAACUGGCGACCCAUACUGAAAACAAUCACUGAAGACCCAGAAAAAUUCAUCGAGGAUGGUGGAUGGGAAUUCUUGAACAUGGAAGCUAGUGAUUCAGAUACUGACAACUCGCAAGAGUCAGACAAAGGGUAUGAGCCCUCAGAUGUGCAAUCGGACUCAGUUUCAGAGGAAGAGGAUGAUGAGAGUGAGUCAUUGGUGGAGUCUGAGGAUGACGAUGAAGAGGACUCUGAAGAAGUCUCGGAGGAAGAAGAAGGGAAAACAUGGGAAGAGUUGGAAAGGGAAGCAAGCAGGGCAGAUAGAGAGAAGGGGGAUGAAUCAGACAGUGAGGACGAGAGGAAGCGAAGGAAGAUAAAGCCUCCUUUUGGGAAGGCUCGGGUGCCUGAUAAAAGACCGCCCAGUGGCAGCCUUUCUAAAAGGCCCAAAUUGAGGUAGACAGAGAGGAAUGGUCACUCCUAAUCAUGCUCUUACCUUUUUAAGCUAUGCAGUGCCAUCAGCAGGCUGCAGGUGUGAAUGUUGCUUGUCUAGCCAAAUGUGCAACAGGUCUUGUCACAAAGAUAGAUGAAUAGUUCAUGGCUGUUCUUUGUUCUCACGUGUUGCAGACUCUUAGUCUUGUAAGAUAGUUGCAACUAGGUUUUGUUGGGUUGA